AAUACUAUUGAAAACAAAGAGUAUUUGCACCCACAGACCCACAGCCGCCUGUAGGCCCCGGGGGCACCCCAGACUCCCUUAACCCUUUCCCUCCCCAGGAGGAGCUGGGGAGGCUCUUGGGGGUGGGGCGGAACACAGGGAGCCCCCGCAUUCCUUCCGGGGAGACGCCAAAGAGUCCUUAGCAGCCAACAGCCAGAAGGGACCAUGGCGCGGCCACCAAUGCAGCUCCCACUGCCUGGGCCCUGGGGCCCCCCGGCGCCCCAGCUUUUCCAGCCAUUUGGGCUCCCCGGAACCUUCUACCCUCGAGGCUCAGCCAACCUGUGCCAUCUGCCCGCGCAGGAGCAGCCCUUCCCUGCAGCCUGGGCACCCCUGGCAGGGGGGACACCCCAGGCCCCCCAGGCACCACCAGCAGGUCUGCAGAGGGCUCCAUGUGGCUGCCUCUUCGACCCCCGGGUCUUCCGCAUCCAGUGGACAACCACCGACCUGCCUCCACCGGCCACCGCCACGCUCGGCCAAGGCGCCGCUUCUCUGCCGGCUGCUGCCCUGUGGGGUCCCGGGGGCUGCGGGGCCCCCCCUGGCCUGGGCAGCCCCAGGGACCCCCCAGGCUACGAGGACAUCGAGGGGCCGCUGGCCAAGACCAACACCUGCGGCAUGGCCACCCCUGCGGGGGCACCCCCAGGCAGCGACGUCCCCCCCGGCCCCUGCGCUGACCCCCACAACCAAGCCCUUGGGGAGCCCGUAGGUGAACUUUCUCAGGCAGCGCCUGAGAAAGUGGCUCUCCAAGAGGCCCUAGUGCUCUUGGAUUGCUCCCUGGAUGGGGUGGGGGUCAGCCAGGAUGCUCCCAGCAGGAGCUCCAUGCCCGAGGAUGCUGGUGGCACCGGCGCAGCCACCCCCGACCGCGACUUCAGCUCGCUCUCGCUGCCUGAGGAGCUGCUCACCCCUGACUACUGCAUCCCCGAGCUCAGCGACAUCAUGCUGAGCCUCAAAAUAUCCAACGUCAUCGGGAUGGAGCCCCAGGAGGAGCCGUGGGAGGAUGCCGGGAUGGACCUGCCACCAUCCCCGCCUGCCGUGGCAGACAAGCCGAGGAAGAGGCAGGCGCAGAGCUCCUUGCCAAUGCCACCCAGCAAGCGCAGGGCUCUCGCAGCCAACAUGGGGGUGUGA